AAGGGUGAGGCAAUAUUUAUGUUUAACAGAUGAACACAGAGGAAGAAAGAAAAUUACAGUGAAGAGAAAAAGUAAGGGAAUGACAAAAACAGCUCCUUUAAAAGAGAAUACAUAUACAAGUAAACAAAUAAUGGUGAAAAGUGAGAAAAUAAGAGGUACUACCAGUGAUUUGGAAGUGUGCAGUCUAUACAAAUUAAAGUGUCUCGUGGAAAGAUGUGGAGAAGGCGGCCUACCAAGAGGGGAAUAUUGUUGUCGGCAGUUUUGUCUUUUACGGUCACUCACGAAGCUUAGUGGCGAAGAUGAUUUGAAUCUAUUUUGAGUGGCGAGUUCCACUCUGUGAGCUAAAUAUUUACAGUGCAGUCAAGGGAUUGUCUGAGAGGGAGACACAGUGACCCUCGGGAGACUGACCGCGCACGAGAGGGUUCAGCGCACCAGAGUCCUCAAAACAGUAGUUACUCACAGAAGAUCGGCAGUAACCCCUGACAAGCGUGCAUCGUUUGUGUUUACCAGUGAAACGUAUGCGAACAAUCCAAAACUGGGCACACACACACACACACACACACACAAAACAAAGCAUGCACAGAAGCCUCUUUGCAGCAAAGCGAAACUCCCACAGACAAAUAAACACACGGAUGCAGAGAGCAGCAAAGGCCUCGCAGUAGGUCAGCGGGCCACACCGAGCCGCGGCACAUUAUUCUCAGACGUAAGCACCGCAAGCUGCACGGUGACUCAGAGAUGGUAUAUGUAGCGUGAGGUGAUGUUUCAGGUGUUACACAAUCAUGUAGAACAUGUGGUUUGUUCGUCACGCUGUUUUUUCUUUUGUUUGACUCAGAGCUUAGGUAUAUCAAGUAUGACUUGAAAACACUACUUAGUGGAACUGGAAGAGUGAGUCUAGCGUCGCUAGUAUGAAUAGAGAUGCUAUAUGUGCGUAAUUAUCUCAGAAACUGUUUAAUGACAGUGCCUUCAAUCAACUUUAUGAACAUUGUAAAAGAAGUGUGGGGAGCUGCUCUUGGCGAAACGUCUCCCGCUAAUAAAACAGCUAUCAAGUGGUCACUUUGAGUUUCCCAAAAACCGAUACGCAAGCGUGAUCCAAUAACCGCGCUCAAAAAUAACGUUCAAUACUAGUUAAUACUGUAUUCAUUCAAAGCAACAAACAAACGGGCGCACGCACAAACCACUCCGGUCACAGUUAAUGAGGCGCUAAUCAAUUAAAAACACACAGACAGUGUGGUCAAUUUGGGCCUUGCCCGCUGACAUCACAUACAAUUAAAGCUGGUGUUGGCUUUUAUUGGAGAACUGAGGGCCUGUCUUUGUCUUAAACGCACACAAACACACACACUUAAUCAAAACAGUUGAGGUUAAGCACAGGCAAAGGAAAUCAGAGAAGUAAAAAUGUUAUCUGUGCCACACACACACACGCACACACACACACACACACACACACUCUCGGGCCGUGGCUGAUGCGCUGAUAUCACAGCACAAGGAGCUGACAGAGUGGAGAGUGGUCGGCCUGCAUUCUUCCUCUUCCCGCUCUGUCAUUCUCUUGUGCUGCCACACGGCCAGCCAGCACUCAGCACGCUCCCGCACACAGCUGGAAUCCAACCAAUUAACAGGCAAAAAACGUCCUGUUUUGCUUGCGAACAAUGCGUGACGGGGGGGGGUGGGGUACCCACUGUAUGGCUAACAGGUACAAAUGUUGCGUUGUUUCCAAGGAAGGAAGAGCCGAAACCGAGAAAAGUGGAGCGAGAGUAGAGGAGGAAGCUUCUUCACUGGGCUGAGCAUGGAGAGAGAAAGAGUCUGCACCAUGAAGAUCUUCCUCACUCCACUGAUGCCCUUUCUACUCUUCCUCAUUAUUCCUGAUGGCACCUGGUCCAGUGACUGCCCAGAGGACUGCGCCUGUUCCACGCCAGACUCCAUCUUGUGUUUCCAGAGACGCUCCUCUACCAUUCCCAAGGAAGUAGACCCAUCCACAAAAAGUCUCUACCUCUUUGCCAAUGGCAUUGAGGGCUUGACAACUGAGGACUUUGAUGGCCUGGAAAACCUGGAGAUGCUGGACCUCAGUCAGAACAAAUUGACUGAACUUGCUGAUAGGGUGUUUGAACCUUUGACCUCUUUGAGAAACCUGGACCUGUCAUCCAACCAGAUCACCCACAUUUCAGAGGAAUGCUUCCAGGGUAUGGUACUGCUUGAGCGCCUUUAUUUGUAUGGUAAUCAUAUCGAGACCAUCCACCAUGAUGCCUUUAAUGGCUUGGAGUACCUUCUGGAACUCAAACUGCAGGGCAACCAGCUGACAUCCCUGCCUGCUCUCUCAAUGCCACGACUACUGCUGCUGGACCUUCGUUUUAAUGUCUUACCCACCUUGGGUCCUUCAGAUCUCCAGACCCCAAACCUUGAGUCGCUGAAAUUGGGUGGUGUGGGGCUCAUCAGCCUGAAUAAGGAGCUCAUACGUAGUCUAAAGAACCUCCACGAACUGGACAUCUCAGGAAACCAACUUGAGUCCUUUCCCUCAGCGCUAAAGGAGACCCACCUGAUUCACCUCAACCUGGCUGGGAACCCGAUGGGCCCUCUUAAGGUUCAGGACCUGCAGAACCUUGGAGAGCUGCAGACUUUGGACAUUAGCAGCCUCAGUUUGCAGGGCCUUCCUGAUGAGUUCACUCAUCUCUUACCCCACCUGAGAAAGCUAACAGUUGCAGAAAACCCCUUCAACUGUCUCUGUACCUUAGCAUGGUUCCCAAGAUGGCUAAGAGCCCAGAGCAUCACCCUGGACAGAACAGAGGAGACCCGCUGCCAUUUCCCACCUAUCAAUGCUGGAAAGGUAUUGGAAAGACUGGAGCACAGGGAUUUUGGCUGUCCUACUACAACUACAGUCACCACUAGUACAGUCAAAACUACCACUACCCUGCCUGUUCCUGUCACUACCUUCCCGAUUACCACUAGAGCUAUUUUAGUCCCCAGGGCCAGUGACAACCCCACAGACAAAGAUGACUCUCCCUUGCCCCCUGUCCCUGCAUCCCCCAGUAGCAGCAGUAUGGACCCAGGCGAGGAGCAGCAUUUCUGUCCCCCUCACACCUGUCUGAAUGGGGGUACUUGUCGGUUGGACCAGCAUGGUCAGGUAGAAUGUACCUGUCCACAUGGCACCUCUGGCAUGUAUUGUGAAUUCCAAAACCAUCACCCGCCUUCACCACCGGAAGCUGACGUCCCCAUGGCAACUGUCAGUGUGGAUGCACCAGACAUCAGCUCACAUCAAGCAACCACAACCUCAAUCCUGCUGGACCUCCACCGCUACAUUGAAAUGCGGCCUCACAUCCGUGGAAUCCGCCUAACCUAUCGUAAUCUCUCUGGGCCAGACCGCAGGCCGAUUCAACUCAGCCUGCCGGCAUCCUUCCCAGAGUACAUACUCAGAGGCCUGCAGCCCAACUCCACAUACACGGUGUGUGCCAGUCCUUUAGGUACCCCUAGUGGCACGGACAGUGUCUGCACUGAAGCCCGUACGGUUGCUGAAAGUGUCAGCAACCGUCGUCAACAGAUUGACGACCAGAGGCUGACAACUAUGCUGGUGCCUGCAAUUGCCAUCUUGCUACUGCUGGUACUCAUAGCAAUAGCAGUGGGAGUGGUAUGCUAUCUUCGCAAGAAAAGGGCCAAGGGCCACCUGGAGCUAGACUGUGAGCCCUCCCAGCUAGAGUUGGAUGGAGUGAAGGCUGGUUUGGACAUCGGGGCAUUGCCUCAGAAACAGCCCCAACCCAUGGCCCCUGAACCUGCUGUUCAGAAUGGCAACUUGGAGUAUGAGGUGUUGCUACUACAGGAUCACUGUACAUCAAAUAACAAUAUGACUUCACACAAGCCCUCCUACUUUUGACACCUGGCUUCGACUAAUCAGACCUAAAGGAGGAUUUUUUUUAUUCUUCAUCUCUGUUUUCCACACUGGUGAAAUACAGAGAGCAGCAAAUGCAGUUGUGAAAGUGGAGGACACAGUAUCGACCAGGCAAACAUAAAAGGAGAAACUGGACAUAUAUUUAACUCAAUGCCCUCGGGUUGUCUUAAGUAGACUUUAAACAUGUUCAAAAACCUUGGUUUGGACUUCAAAAAGCAUUGUUCUGCUUCAAUAAUAUUGCCUCACUCACAUUGCCGGAAUGGCAACCUCUCAGCUCCCAUGCUGUGAUGCUGGGACUGAUGCUGUGUUGUGAUUGGCUGAGACCUAGGGUUAAGGGUCAUGGCGACCUCAGGCCCUCCUUUAUCUGUUCAGAAAGGAGAGUGCACUGAAAUGGGGUUGUGUUGCCCUUUCCCCGUCACGACAGCCCAACUAAACACUAUAUCAGCAAUUGUUGUUGCUGCAUGUUGUAACUCCUCAGCACUACCCCAAAGGGAUCGGUGCUUGCUGUGAAUGACCUUUAAGACACCAAAUGAAGUUAUGCAGAGAAAAUAGCUGAUGCUUGUAUUCUUUAUUUGGCUUUAAACUAUUUUUGUUUUUGUAUGUAUGUUUUUUUAUACCUGUGUCUUUGUUAUUUUGUAUUGUGCAACAUUAUGACUGUUAACAGCCCUCUAUAGUCUCCCCCCCCCACACACACACACACUUCUUGUGACUAACAGACAAAACAGCAGAUUAAAAUCUUUGAAGAUUAAAACUCGUUUGGUACCAGCAAAGUCAAUCAAAGGGCUUUACCCCCAGAAUGUCAGACAGGCUAAGUAGAUGUGAGUCUGGACAGACUCUAGACUAAAUCCCCCUUCUCGAUUCUGAAGCCCUCAGUCUGCUUUGCCACCACAAAGGGAGAAGGUAAGCGGGAUUACAAAAGGUACAGAGGGAAGCAGUUGAAUGAACCCCUUCUGUUUGGUUGCUGCACUAAACUCCAUACAGUUUGUAGCUUGCCUUAAUUACAGUAAGCACUCAAAUCACUAUACAGCAAAAGAACUUUAGAGACUUUAUUUAUUAUAUAUUUACUGCAAGGGGAAACUCAGUUUUAUCCCGGAACUACAAUUCAUGUACAUCAUGCUACUUGGCCUGGCCCACAACAAGCAAAGCAAAUAGUGGUUGAGUAUUGUGUUUCCCUUGAGUAAGUGAGUUUCGCUCACUUACACCUAACAAGACUAUGUCCAUGAGAGGUGCAGACUUCUUUACAAUGUUGUGUAGAGGACAAUGAGACUUGCAAAGAGGGAGAUCUACAGGAAGGUUAUUAUGCAGACACAGAGUGCUGAGAUCCAAAUCUGUGAAUAUCGGGCAAAGAAGGACUCAAAGUAACUAUUUGUGUGUGUGUGUGUGUGUGUGUGUGUGUGUGUGUGUGUGUGUGUGUGUGUGUGUGUGUGAGAAUGAAUGCGUGUAGAUCUGUCAACUUCAGUGAUAAUGCAAGUACGUGUUCCGUCUUGUGCAAAGACCUGCAGACAUCGAGUUACUAUCAGUUACCCUCUCUAUCUGCCCGCAUGUCAAAGAGUACUUUAAGCCCCAAACAACUCUACCUAUAAGCAAACACACCAAAGACACAUCUGUGAAUGUCAGUAACGUUACCUACCUACAGUAUUCCCAGUGCACAAUUAACAGUUCCCUGCCAACAUGUCUUUAUAACACACACAAACAAAUGCAACUGGAAUAAUUGUUUGUCAAAUAGAAUACAUUGAAGAUAACAAAUUAUUUUCGAUGUGAUUGUUCAUUUUUCCC